CUCCUCUCUCCACCUGCUUCCAUAAAAUCCAUCUCAACAAACUUAACCAACUCCUUCAAGAAAAUGCAAUCAUAGUCAAACCCCUCCAUCAUAAUCCCAACCUCCACACAAUAAAAAAAAAGUGAAAAAUAAAAAUAAAUAAAAAAUGCUGAAGAAACUGCGACGCAAGGUGAGCAUUGCAUUCACACAAGGCCUCAAAAAACGCCCUAAACCCUAUAAAACCCCAAAACCAGAAUCAGAAUCACAACCACAACCACAACCACCAUCACAAUCACCAGAGUUUUCAGUUCCAACAACAAUGCCACGCACCAAUAAGCAGCGUUUUCCAUUCAUAUUCCCAGAGACUGAUUCCAAUGUGCUUCCAGAACCUUCCAAUUUCUUCUCCCAAAACCUUCUCUCAAACCCACUCCCAACAAACUCGUUCUUCCAAAACUUCGUUCUCAAAAACGGUGACGUUCCAGAAUACUUUCAUCCUUACCUAAUCAACUUCGCAAAUCUCAAACACCGCAUUCACCUACCAAGCCUUCAACUCCGAUCUCACAAUCACUAAUUCAAACGAAAAAACCUUUCAUUCCAAUCACAAAAUCUCCUCCUACAGUGAUCUCAGUGUAACGUUGGAGAUUCCUUCUUCUAAUCUCAGAUUCUUCCUUGUUAGGGGAAGCCCCUUUGUCACUUUCUCUGUUACUCAACCAACUCCUCUUUCAAUCUCAACCAUCCACGCAAUCCUCUCUUUCUCUUCUUCCAAUGAAUCGCAAACCAAGUUCACUUUUCAGUUCAAUAACGGCCAAACGUGGCUCCUCUAUGCUUCUUCACCGAUCAGGCUUAACCACACUCUCUCUGAGAUCACUUCUGAUCCGUUUUGUGGUGUGAUUCGGGUAGCUCUUUUGCCGGGUUCCGAUUCGCGGCAGGUGGCGGUUCUUGAUAGGUUCAGUUCUUGUUACCCUGUGAGUGGUGAUGCUGUGUUUUCAAAGCCUUAUAGUGUUGAGUAUAAGUGGGAGAAGAAAGGGUGGGGUGAUUUGUUGAUAUUAGCACACCCUCUUCAUCUUCAGCUUUUGUCUAAUGUUGGUUCUGGUGUUGUUGUUUUGGAGGAUUUGAAGUAUAAGAGCAUUGAUGGUGAUCUUGUUGGUGUUGUUGGGGAUUCAUGGAUAUUGGAAACAAAUCAUGUUUCUGUGACUUGGCAUUCUAUUAGAGGUAUUAGGGAUGGAUCUUAUGAUGAAAUUGUUUCGGCUCUUGUGAGGGAUGUUGAGGGACUGAAUUCGGCCGGGAUAUCGACGAAUUCGUCCUAUUUCUAUGGCAAAUUGGUUGCCAGGGCGGCGAGGUUGGCCGUGGCUCGACGGAAGUUUUAAUGGGAAUGGAUUUCUGUAUGAUAAGAAAUGGGGAGGCAUUGUUACAAAGCAAGGGUCUAAUGAUUCUGGUGCUGAUUUUGGGUUUGGAAUUUACAAUGAUCACCAUUAUCAUUUGGGAUAUUUUCUAUAUGGAAUUGCAGUGCUUGCUAAGAUUGAUCCUGCUUGGGGAAGGAAGUAUAAGCCUCAAGCAUAUUCGCUUAUGGCUGAUUUUAUGACAUUGAGCAGAGGAUCGAACUCUAGUUUUACGCGUCUGAGGUGUUUUGAUCUGUAUAAAUUGCAUUCUUGGGCUGGAGGGUUAACUGAGUUUGCAGAUGGAAGGAAUCAAGAGAGUACUAGUGAAGCUGUGAAUGCAUAUUAUUCGGCAGCAUUGAUGGGUCUGGCUUAUGGUGAUCCCCACCUUGUUGCGAUGGGAUCGACGCUUACAGCGUUGGAAAUUCACGCAGCGCAAAUGUGGUGGCAAGUUAAAGAGGGAGGGAAUGUAUAUGAGGAAGAUUUCACAAGAGAGAACAGGGUAGUUGGGGUUCUAUGGGCUAACAAAAGAGACAGUGCACUAUGGUUUGCACCUCCUGAGUGGAGAGAAUGUAGGCUUGGGAUUCAGCUCUUACCAAUACUGCCAAUUUCUGAAGUCCUUUUCUCGGAUGUUGAUUUUGUGAAGCAGCUUGUAGAGUGGACAUUACCUGCCUUGAACAGGGAAGGGGUUGGAGAGGGAUGGAAGGGAUUUGUCUAUGCCCUGCAAGGAAUCUAUGAUAGUGAAAGUGCGCUGCAAAAGAUACGAAGCUUGAAUGGUUUCGAUGAUGGUAACACGUUGACUAACCUCUUAUGGUGGAUUCACAGCAGAGGCGAUGAGGAUGACUCAUUUGCGCAUGGGAAACACUGUUGGUUUGGUCAUUACUGCCACUAGGUAAUGUUAAUGAUUUCAAAUACUUGAAAAGAUAAUAAGUUACAUAGUUUCUGGCAUUGUACCUAUUUAUGUAUUUGGUGUAUGUUUCUUACAAUUCCUCUGUAAGUAUAAGUCUUUGGCGGUUCGCAUUUAUUCUGAGUCUUUAAUGUUAUGUUCACAUCAUAAAUUUUGGCAUUUUGAGUUAGUGAAGUUAAGGUGGCUAAAACAGAUGGAUGCCCUUUAAUAAAGGAAACAACACUACACAAAUAUUGGUAAUGUAACUAUGAUGGUAAUUUCCUUUUGAA